AUGGAUGUGGAUGAACAGCAACAUAAGAUACAUGAACCUAAACAAGAGUCUGCUCUUUUAGAAUCCAUAGAUCGACGGCGUUCGAAUGACAGAGGAUAUUAUAUUGAACAGCCCUGUAGAUUUGCACUUGACAUUGAUAUGAAUAGUUUUGGUCGUGAUCCUGAGCCAGACCUGCGAACAGUGGAGGAACUCACUGUAAAUAGCCUAUUCCCUACCAAGAGUUUUGUUGCAGGAUUUGAGCCCGAUAUGGAGAAAACGGACGUUUCUGGUUCUGAGGAGGGUCAGGAUCAAGAAGCGACAAGGAGAUCUGUCAAUGGAUAUCCCUCUAACGCCCGUCUUGGACGAUUCUACUUGCCUGAAAGAGCCUUCCGAACACCCGAAUCCUUGAAUAUACAGCCAGACCCAAGCGGACCAUGGGUGUGCUGUCGCUUUGAGGAAUAUCGAGGUGUCUCUCUCUGGGUUUUGGAAAGUGUCUUGGAAAAGUACCAUGUGAUUGCACAAAGGCAUAAGAUGGCUUUGACACUCGUUGGGGCUCCAGUACACCACCGUGUCGCCACAUAUAAUCCAGACGAAUGGGAGAUUCGACUCGGGGAACAAUACGAUGUGAAGGUCAAUGAGGCUGUCCUCUAUCCUGAGAUGAUUCAUCAAGUCUGGAAGGAUAUGUACCAGCGCUAUCACCAGUAUCAUUACCAUCAACAGUCAUCUCAGCAACGACAACAACAACAACAACAGCAGCAGCAGUAUUACGGUCAUCAUCAGCAGCUCUCUACACCUCCUCAUUCCAACAUGUCUAGUCAAAUAACAACAUAUGAAGAGUAUCAGCGUGGUCUAUGGCAAAGUGAUUCUCAUCAUAAUGAGGGCCAUUCAUGUACCAAUAGCUUGCCAUCAUACCCAUAUCCAAACACAAACACAAACUCAAACGCAUCCUUGUUUCAGGGCGAGCAUUCUCAACAGCAACAGCAGCAUCACUACUAUCAAACCCAGCGCCAGCAGCAGCAUGAACAUUGCUAUCAUCAGCAGAGUAUGAUGCAUCAUCGUGAGGAUCUUUCCACUGCACCUUCAUCACCCAAUUCUACAUAUCCAGACCAUGACAGUGAUUUGCUGGAGGACAUCCACACAAACGACUCCGCUUCGUCGACCCCUCACCAUCAUCGGCAGCAGCCAUAUCAGGGCCAGCAGCAGCAGUAUCGUCCUUCUUCACCGUCGAGUGCAAAUCCUGUGCCAGGCACAGGCACAGGCACAGGCACAAAUAUGCAUCGUCGGAUAUCCAUUGCAGAGCUGUGUAAUCCAAUGCAAAGUCUUGCUACGGAGCGAGACCGCCAUGGAGACCAUGAUUAUGAUGAGCAUCCCAUCUCGUCCUCGGCAACCCGCCAUACCAUGUAG